AUGAAAGUUAAACUAACUAACAAUACUAGCAAUAACACUAAUGAUGACAAAGAAUUAACUAAUAAUAUUAACAAUAACACUAAUAACAAAAAGUAUCUAAAAGAGAAAAAGUACAAAAAACUAACUAAUAAUAUCAGUAAUAAUACCAAUGAUAAACAAGAACUGACUAAUAAUACUAACAAUAAUACCAACAACAACAAAAAAUUAACUAAUGAUACUAGUGAUGCUGAAAAGCAUCUAAAAGAGAAAAAGUGCAAAAGUUAA